CACGACUAGCUGAAAAAUCAACUCAACGAGUCCAGACCACAAAACAGAAAAUAUAGAACCAAGUGAAGUUACAGAGCAACACAUCCUGGAUUCCACAGCACUCACUAACAAAAUCUCUUCCAAAGCAGCAGAAGAACCUUCUUCAACUACAAUUCAUGACCAAAUCAACCACGUAACUGGUAUUAAUGGUACAAAUAUUUCUCCAGCUAUGGUUUCUCUCCCCACUCAAUCAUCAUUACCAGACUCACAGGAAACAAAUCCAUCAGGAGAUUCACGACUAGCUGAAAAAUCAACUCAAGUCCAGACCACAAAACAGAAAAUGACAGAACCAAGUGAAGUUACAGAGCAACACAUCCCUGAUUCCACAAUAUUCUCUACCAAAAUUUCCUCCAAAGCAGCAGAACCUUCAAUUGCCCUUCAUGACCAAAUCAACCACGUAACUGGUAUUAAUGGUACAAAUAAUUUUACAACUAUGGCAUCCUUCCCCAUUGACUCAUUACCAGCCUCACAGGAAACGACUCCAUCAGGAGAUUCACGACUAGCUGAAAAACCAACUCAACGAGUCCAGACCACAAAACAGAAAAUUAUAGAAGCAAGUGAGGUUACAGAGCAACACAUCCUGGAUUCCACAACACUCACUAACAAAAUCUCUUCCAAAGCAGCAGAAGAACCUUCUUCAACUACAAUUCAUAAACAAAUCAACCACGUAACUGGUAUUAAUGGUACAAAUAUUUCUACAGCUAUGGUUUCUCUCCCCACUCAAUCAUCAUUACCAGACUCACAGGAAACAACUCCAUCAGGAGAGUCACGACUAGCUGAAAAACCAACUCAACGAGUCCAGACCACAAAACAGAAAAUUAUAGAAGCAAGUGAAGUUACAGAGCAACACAUCCUGGAUUCCACAGCACUCACUAACAAAAUCUCUUCCAAAGCAGCAGAAGAACCUUCUUCAACUACAAUUCAUGACCAAAUCAACCACGUAACUGGUAUUAAUGGUACAAAUAAUUUUACAACUAUGGCAUCCUUCCCCAUUGACUCAUUACCAGCCUCACAGGAAACGACUCCAUCAGGAGAUUCACGACUAGCUGAAAAAUCAACUCAACGAGUCCAGACCACAAAACAGAAAAUUAUAGAAGCAAGUGAAGUUACAGAGCAACACAUCCUGGAUUCCACAGCACUCACUAACAAAAUCUCUUCCAAAGCAGCAGAAGAACCUUCUUCAACUACAAUUCAUGAACAAAUCAACCACUUCACUGGAAUUAAUGGUACAAAUAAUUUUACAACUAUGGCAUCCUUCCCCAUUGACUCAUUACCAGACUCACAGGAAACAACUCCAUCAGGAGAUUCACGACUAGCUGAAAAACCAACUCAACGAGUCCAGACCACAAAACAGAAAAUUAUAGAAGCAAGUGAGGUUACAGAGCAACACAUCCUGGAUUCCACAGCACUCACUAACAAAAUCUCUUCCAAAGCAGCAAAAGAACCUUCUUCAACUACAAUUCAUGAACAAAUCAACCACUUCACUGGAAUUAAUGGUACCCAUAACUCUACAGCUGUGGCAUCUUUCCCCAUUCAAUCAUCAUUACCAGACUCACAGAAAGCAACUCAAACAGGAGAUUUAGAAAUAGUUGAAGAAUCACCUCAACAAGAAAAUCCAGAACCCAUCAUUCGUUCGCCUGGAACAAAUGGUACAAAUGAUUCUACACCUAUAAUGUCUUUUCCCACCGAUCUACCACCACAAGAGUCACAAAAAAACACCCAGUCAGGAGCCCCACAACUACUCGAACAUUCAACGCAACAUUUCCAGAUCCUCAAGCAGAAAGUAACAGCACCUAGUCAGAAGAUUGUACAACCCAUUGCACUCAUGUCCACCCCAGAUCAGGCCACAACAUACAGAAUUCAACAGACAACUCCACUACAGUUUGCCAUAGACCCACACAUUCCAAAUAAUGACAUACUUGCAUCAACAAUGGAAAAUGAAAACUUGAAACCAACCUCACUUCCACAAAUGACAAAGAAUGAACAACCCAAAAUGACACCAGUCAUCAAUGGAAUGGUCCAAAGCAUUUCAAAACCCAGUCCACCUGCCAGGACAAAACAAACAACUUUAUCAACAGCCAAGUCUGAAAUCAAAAAAAAUUCUCCACACACUCUUUCUGUAACUUGGCAAAUUGGGAAACCCAACUGGCUUGUGACAUCCACAGACUGGAGAGUUUCAAAACCUACGCCACCUACAUUCACCCUGAAGCAGCAAAUCCAAGACUCCACUUCACUUCUGCUGACAGAAGAUAGCCCCAAUUCCGAUCUCAGUGAGUCCACAUCAGAUCCAGAACACCAUAAACCCAAACCGACAGAAGAGCCUAUAAAUCAACACACUGAAAAAAACACAACUAAUAGAGCAAAAUCUUCUAGAGACAGUUUAAUGCAACUAUUUAUGACCACAAAUACUCACAGACUAACAAAUGAUACAUUAGUAAGCAGCAAAAAGGCUUCCACUUCACCUCUUCCAAUCCUGACAGAGAACCAUUUAGUUGAUUCAAAAGGACCAGAGGACACUUCUGUGAUGACAGGCAUCAGUCUACAGGAUACCACAUCAUUCAGAACCUAUCGGAGUAAUGCAAAAACAAAAUCACAGCGCACAACAAACAAAUAUACAAUCCUUGGCAAAAUGACGUCCCAUACAAGUUUCCCGUUGGUAAAGGACACAUCAACUCAAGCUCCCACAGAUGGAGUGCAAUCAUCUCAAACUAUUCCAGUCUCCACAGAAAAGCUCAUUACGAUGUUCACUCCAAAUCCAAAACCUUCAGAAAAACGUAUUCAUACCACAUCAGUCGUCAGACAUGGAUUUCUGACAUCAAGAACACAGGAAAAUCCAUCCUGGAUUUCAACGAAACGGUCCAAUAUCCAACCCACUGAAACAGAAGAGUCUCAAUCAGACUCGAUAAAUCAAGAACCUACAGCAGAUUCAAUGCCAAAGGAAAAUGGCACCAAUAAUGAUCUGCUAACCAAGACGGACAAAUCAACACAAAGCAUGACUGGGCGCAAACCAAGUACAACGACUCCUAUAACUACAACUAAAACGGUUUUACAAAAACCCAAAACAUUUAUUUUACCAACAUACAAAUCAGCUAAUACCACGAAAACUCGCAGAGAUAUUUUUGGAUUACUCUUCACUUUUGGGUGCCUCAUGUUGCUGAUAACAGUAAUCGUGCUUCGGGUAAUAUGGAGAAAAUGGCAAGCCCGGCGCUGCGGGAGCAACAUGUGGGUAUCAGGUCCUCCCCUGUGGGGAACAUAUCAUUCAGUCUUGCAGAACAGCAGUUCACACACUGCAAUACAGAUGAGGAAAGAUAACAGCAAAAAGACAAAGCAGGAAAAUAGUGAUGUUUUUGAGACCAUCGCCCUCAAGCAACAACACAAAGACCUUGUAUAAACAUGACAGAGCACUCUCUAAUACUUACCCUCAACGACAGCUUUUUUAGCUAAACAAAUUCUGAAUUAACAAAUUCUACAGACUCCUCAGUGAGUCACAAAAUUCCAGACAUGUUCGUGUCUUGCAUAUGCAAACACUUAACUUUACAUGAACAAAUGAUUGUUAAUAUUAUAUUAUAUACGUUGACAUUGUGUGAUUGUAUUUUUUUAAAUUGUUUUAAUAAAAAAGCUAUUUAUAAACCUGUGUUUUAAGUAAUAUUAUUAUGAUUCACUAAAACAAAGAAUAACUUGUUGAAAAAUUUUUAUUUACUUUAUAAUAUACAAUGGAAAGUUGAAUACACGUGAAAAAAAAUAAAUAAAUACGUCAUGUGGCGACGACCAUCUUCACUAACCAAAGACCUCCAGCUGACUUUCCCUUUUGCCUGGCUCACAUCAAACACACUGUGGUCCACUAAAACACAGAAUCAUUCGAAAUAGAGUGGGGUUUGUGUUUGUGUGUUUGAAGAACAGAUCAAUGAACUAAGGGAAGAAACUAGACAGCACAUGUAAAAUAAAAGCUGAGUGCAGAUGGAUUUAGCUAAAUUGUCUGACUAUGCCAUUUCUGCUUGACACACAUAAUAUAGAGCAUCAUACACUCACACACAAAGCUACAUUAGUAGGCAGAGGAUGUGUCAUUACUGGGCAGCAAUAGCAGGCUCUGAAAGAAUGAAGCGAUUGAGGAAGAAAGAGGGAGAGGAGGAGAGAGAAAUGGAGAGUGGCACUGAAAAGGUUCUGUACCAGCGCUCUUUUGUUCGAAACGCACACGCACACACACCUGCCCCUGGCAAGGACACAAUGGUGAGGAACUUUAAAUCAGUUACCAAAAAGCGUGCUAGGAAUGACACUACACAAAGAAUUAAGAACUGCUUCAUUAGUAUUUUAAUUUUAAACACUGAAUUUUACAGUAUGUGCUGAUUGUGUGGGAAAAUCUGAGGAACGGUUUAAAACACGGUAAAAUGUGUUAAGCGGAGAUGACAGUACGGUACUCUUACUGAUACACAACAGCAUCAUUAGAAUGACAAAAUUCAUAAAAUUAGGACUUUAUUGAAACUACCAGAAAAUGUAUGCAAGAUAAGAAAUUGUUCAUUUUAGAAUUUAGAAUCCCAGUUGGAUUUAGCAUUUUUCAUCAGACUCCAUCCCAGUCAUUUAAAACUCAGACAAAACAUGUUCAGACCUGAUUUACAGGUUAAGUGUUGCUUAAUGACUGAAGAAAGAAUGAAAACAGGAAGGAGAGGGAAGGGGAGAGGGCAGAAAAGAAAGCAGAGGAAAUGGAUGCUGAAUGAGGGAAUCCUAAAGAGGAAACAGAGAUGUCAGCACUUCCUCUCUCUCUUUCUUGUACCGGGGCACAGACUCUACUACAUCUCCCCUCCCUGCCUCUCUCUCUCCUCUGCUAUCAUAGUGAUCCCAGAAAGGGACCUGCACAGAGAAAGACAGGAUUUGGAUUUUACUGCAGCAUAAAACAAGAAUAGCAUAAAAAAAAUAAGAGAUCAGAGCUGUGUUAAUCCGAAGAUCGAGCAGAAAAAAAGAGCUGAGGGAUGGAGAGAAACUGAAAGACAGAAAGAGGACAGGAAAAACGAGCACAGAGUGAUGACAAGGAGAAGAGAGUCAAGCAGAACUAGGUGCAG